GACAGACGGAGACGACUUACGACUUUCGGUUUGUAAAUGUGGAGCUAUUUUGUUAUGGUUGGAAAUUACUAACUAAUUAAUUUAAUAAUUAUAGUUUAUAUUUUUACUACAUAUUAGUAAUUUAGUAGUGUACUCUUUAUUAGGAGGUAGCCACUAGUCUACAGGCCUAUCGUGCAAAAAUCUAUAUACUAGCCUAUAUUAUGUUAUAAAAAUUAUUUUUGUUUCUGUUGUCACGCCAUGUAUUCAACCGGAGAUACAGUGUUAUAUUUGUGUAAUUACGACAAUCCAUCAUGUGGAUCAGUUUCAGAAACAAUAACAUCCUUAUGGUCUGAAGAUUGGGAGAUAAAAAACAAAAGUCUGUUUAAAGAAGUUCUACAAACCAGCUUUAAUAUUGAUAAACUCAAUGAAGUUUUAAAGUUAUAUGAAAAUGAUGAGGCUGGAAUGCAAGAUUUACUUCAUGUAUCAAUCAGUUGUUGCUUGAUGUUUUGUGAAAAGAACUGGAACAGUUGUACAAAUGAUUUUGAUUUUCAACAAUAUAUAGGAACAGAAUGGCCACAAAGUAUUGAUACCUUAGAGCUAUUGCAGUGUGAUUCAGAACCAAUUUGUACAAACAUCAAAUAUCCAGAACUAUUAUUGGUUUCAAAUAAAUUGUUUGCUGCUCUGUGUCAUGUGGAGGACAACUUGCUUCAUCUGUGGUGGAGUUUUAGAUGUAAGGUUAUCCACCAAAGAAUAUUGGAAGACACAAGUGCCACAUUAUUUACCGAGCUAGAAAUGAUUAUUGUCAAGUUAUCAAAUAAAUCGCAAUUAAUAGAUGAUGUUCGCUUAAGGAUAUUGUUGUAUCUGGAAAUUGGGCAAGCCUACUUAUUAUAUGGAAGAGUACAGAAAGUAGAUGAGUAUUUGGCAAAAGCUAAAGAAUUAGCUGGAUUAAAAUUAGAGCUAACAGGUGUACUGGGAAAGCGUACAAAAUUCCAACAGAACUCAUUGCCACAGUUAGCGCUGACAAGUGAACUAAAUCAAGACAUUACACGAACCUCAGCUGAAGACAGUCAUGGUAUGUCCGUACUACCGCCAGAAGUAGAGUUGCAAGAUGAUGUUCGACUUAAUAAGAUACACUUCAAUGAAAAGAUAAUUCAAUCUGACUUACCAAGCUUGGAGCAGACAUUGUGCCUACUGACUGUACAGUAUUUACAAAAGUCCCAACCUAAAGAUAAUUUGCUGGAAGAGGAAUUACAGCCUUAUAUAGAAGCUGUGCUGAGUCAGAAGAAUGGUCCAUGGUCGACGCGGGUGGCUGCUUUAUUGAUUAGAUGCAAACUAGAAGCAAGCCAUAAGAGGACCGUUGAACGGGCUAUGUUGCAAUGUGAGACAAUUGUUAAUGACAAAACUGAAGUUUCUCCUAAAAAUCGAUUAUCUUAUCUGUGGGCGUCAGGGUUGGCACCGGCGUGGACCUGGCGGCAGCAGCUUGCCGACCUCUACUUAAGCCUGGGGCUCGUGAAGGCUGCCCUGGAGGAGUACCAGAGACUGCAGCUUUGGGAAGAUAUUGUAGUAUGUUACACCAUGCUGCAGUUGAGGCAUAAGGCGGCUGAAGUUAUCAAGCAACAAAUAGACAUACAGCCCAGUGUAAAGCUGUAUUGUCUUCUGGGUGACGCAACCGAUGACGAAUCGUGCUAUGAGAAGGCUUGGGAGUUCUCGAUGAACAGGAGCAGCCGUGCACAGCGACACUGGGGCAACUAUCUGUUCGAUCACAAGCGAUACGAGGAGUGCAUACCUCACUAUGAGAAAUCGGUCGAGAUUAACUCAAUCCAGGAAGGUGUUUGGUUGAGAUUGGGUUUCGCAGCGCUGAGCUGUGAGCGUUGGGAGUUGGCGGGCACAGCCUACCGGCGGUAUACAUAUCUGCAGCCUAACACCUUCGAGGCUUGGAACAACCUGGCCAAGGUGUACGUGCAGCUGGGAGACCGGCCUCGAGCCUACCGCGCUCUCAUGGAGGCACUGCGUUUCAACUACGACAACUGGAAGCUUUGGGAGAAUGUGAUAUUAGUAAGCAUAGACACGGGUCACCUCGAUGACGUCAUCCGUGGCGUGCAUAGACUACUAGACUUGAAGCACAAGUACGAUGACGUGGCGUUAUUGUCUAUGCUCGUAAAGGCGGUCGUACAGGGCGACGCGGACGCCGACGGUGACAGUGCUGCCAGGUUUAGAAAGAGAGUUCUGGAACUAUUUGGUCGAAUCACAUCUGUACAUCACAAUAAUCCAGAAAUAUGGCAAUUAUACUGUGACGUCAGUCCGACUUAUUUAUUGAAAGCGCAACGGCUCCUCAAGGCAUACAAGGGAUACACACAGAACACCAGCUGGUCAAAUGAUCCAGAAACAUGCCAGAAAGUUUUAGAACUCUCCCAAUUGCUUUUGGAAUACAGCGUUAAGGCUCGACAGGAUGCAGUCGACGCUGAAGUACUUCAAGCUAACCAGCAGCUGUCAUCAGCUCGACUCACUAGCCAGGCCGCGAUAAGGGUCGCUGAGAAACAAAAAUGGCCACAGACUGAAGAUCUACUUGGUCAGUUGAAAGAACAGUUCAAUCAAGCUACUGAAUAUAUGAAAUCUGUAAUGUAA